CUGGAGAGCCAGCGAUGGCCAAGUUUAAUGUAGACUUCGGGCAAACGCGCGACUUAAAAAUAUUCCCGGAUUCACCACGGCGGGAAAUUUUGUGGGAGUAAGGAGAGCCAGACGCGGAUCAGACGGGUCCCGAACAUCGAGAUCCUGGUCGAAAGUUUCUUUAGCGUCUGUGUUUACCGAAUGACAAGUUCGGAGCUUCGCUCGAAUCGUUGACACUUCGGUGUGUCGGUACACUCGGUAACUGAGUUGAGUGUGAAAACUUUCGAUGCGACAGUAGGCGUGAGGAGCGUUUGAUGAAAAGGAUUCGUGUGCAAAGUGCGAACUCCUCGGUGGCUGUCUGUAGAUUACCAUGUCUCGCUGUUCGAUUAAGGAUUUUAAAUACCCGGUGCUCAGUGGAGUUUGAAAAUUUGAUCAAAGUGCUUUGUACUUUCGAUAUACGAGCUUACAUGUGCACACACGGAGGGCGUCAGGGUUGUUACACCGAACUCGAGGGGCUGAGGGUAGAAAAUAAUAACGCGCUCAAAGGUACGUCACGAAUAAAAAACUCCUCCGUUCAUCCUACACGAGGAUUGUUAUUAAUGGUCCCGUUCUUUGCGCUUGACAACUCAAUCUAAUGAUUAAUUCCUCGGUGAUUACCUGCUGCUGAACCGACGGAUACUCGACGAUCGCUGCAUCCCCAGGAUUGAGGAGAAGAAAACAACACCGAACGCUACGCCGGAUCCAACGAUCCCUCGGACAAGGGUCAGGCCGACUCUACGUCCGUAUCCUGAGAACCUUAAGCCAGCAUCACGUGGCUCUGGACCCAUUUGUGAGCGAAAACUUGACUCAUAGUCGUGCGGACGAGUGGGUUGAGUUUACCGUUUUCAAUUCGUUCGUGUUUAACGAAAACUUCCACUACUUGUUCUGCUACUUCCAUACACUUUUCUUUUGUAAUACAAAUUUGGCGAAGGUAGAAUACCUACAAAUGAUCAGUUGGCGCCAAGUUCUUUUGUGCGUAUAGCUUUGAGAUAAUUUUUGAGAAUUUCAAGUUCCCAGUGUGUGUUCGACGAAGAUGUUGAAGAUUCACAUGUUGGACUACAUCGGGGACACUCGAGAAGACACCGGCGGGCGGCAGCAGCUCGACCAAUCGGUUUACUGCAACUCCGAGCCCAGACGGACGGAGGAUACGCAAAACAGCCGUGUUAAUCCGGAUAAAGUAAAGGGAACGACGCAUUCCGACCAUAUGUUCGAGCUUCUCGAGAGGUGCCAGAGUUCCCGUCUUGAUGAUCAACGCUGUCCCUUGCCUACAUACUUCUCUCAGUCGUCCAGAGAUGAGAGACCGACGUCGACUUCGGCAGGCGGUACUCAACCCCUUACACCGACUCCUUCACCGUCGCCGGUCGCCGAUGCACCGAUCGGACGUGCCCUCAUGGAAGCCGCACUCUUGCAGGCAGGGACCCAACCUCCACCCAUGGUCGUCACACCCCCAGGGUACUGGGUCGAGGGUACCGACCACCAUCACACUCUCGAUUCCUCGGGCAGAGCCAUACUGCCCACUCACCUUGCCUGGCAACCGACGAUAGACCAGGACGACACAGCCAAAUGCUACAGGCGUCUCUUUGCCACCAGGGAGCACGUCAACCUCGUCGGAAGGGACCCGGAGCAUGGACCGGUACUAGUAUCCGUAAAGGCGGAAUCUCUCGCCGGCGAAGAACACUGGAGAGUAUUUCUCAGACUGCGAGCCGGUUCUAUGCACAAACUCUUACCGGCUUCGGAAAUCGGUCCAAACCCAUCGCCGAUCAGAAUGGUCAAGAUGCUGAACGAAUCUCUGACCGUGAACACGUUGACACCGGUGAUUUGCUCCGGCGCAGGAGCCAUGAUAGCCAGCUACGACGAGCACGCCUUGGUUUCGAAAUUCAAAUUCGGAGUUCUCCAUCAGCGAGCGGGCCAAACGACCGAGGAGAAGCUCUUCGCUAAUCGUCAGAUAACCCCGGCCUUCCAGGAAUUUCUCGCUCUUCUCGGUCAGAGGAUAAAUCUGAAGGAUCACAAGGGGUAUCGCGGAGGAUUGGACACCCGACACGGUCAGACCGGUGACUCGGCUGUCUACGAGGUUUUUCGCGGGCGUGAAGUCCUAUUUCACGUAGCCUCCCUCCUCCCCUUCAGCCCCGGUGACUCGCAACAGCUACAACGUAAACGCCACAUCGGUAACGAUAUUGUAGCCAUCAUAUUCCAGGAGGAACCAACACCCUUCAGUCCUGAUAUGAUCGCGAGCCAUUUUCUCCACGCUUUUAUCGUCGUUCAGGUCGUCGACCCGUGCACACCGAACACCAGGUACAAAGUGAGCGUGACUGCACGUGACGAUGUUCCACGGUUCGGACCGGAGCUACCCAAGCCUGCUGUCCUACUUAGGGGCGUCGAGUUCAAAGAGUUUCUGCUCACGAAGCUCGUAAAUGCCGAGAGUGCAGCGUACAAGGCUGAAAAGUUCGCUAGACUCGAGUUGCGAACCAGAUCAGCGCUCUUGGAAUCAUUGACCGAAGAACUGCAAUUGAAGACAGUCGAUUUUCUGGGAGGGGGAGCGAUUCCAUGCCCGGUAAGUCCUGCAGCGAGCGAGGCCUCGGCAUCCGGAAGCAGCGGCAGCGGAUCCCGAUUCAUAGACACAGUUCGUAAGGCACUGAUAUCGCGAGUGCGAAAUGCGUCGACGGACAACGUACCGCAACACAUGCCGAAAAAGGGUCCAUCAGAGGCGAGUCCACCGUGCAAUCGGUCGAUAAGCAAAUCAGGCAAACGUUCAAUCGAGCCUACCAGUCCAUUGAGCUCGCCAGAUUUAACUUUGAGGAGAGAUUCGGACCGCGGAAGUCCGAGUCUCGGAAGUCAGGAUAGCAGUCACUCUACGACGGAGAACCAUGACAGUAGUUUGGCGACUUUGCAGCAGGACGAUACAGACAGUAGACGCGAGUCUGUUAAUAAUUCGGAGAAAAGUUCCUUCCAGCACUUGACUCAGGAAAAUCUUCACAAGCGGGAGGUCGGCUGUCCGCGAAUGACGGAGAAAUCCGAAACGCACAGAGUCGUGUCCGAGAGCGAUGACAGCUCUCUGAACAGCGAGCUUGAACUGGACCACGUCGUUUAUCCGGAUAGCGAUACUGGUCUCGAAUCGAUGAGUUCUGCGGAGACUCAUGAAGCAUCACAAUGUCCACAAAGAAGCGAACCCGAAACCGAAGCCCUGCGGACAGAAGUCACUAAGCUCAAAUGUGACAAACUUGAUCUGCUUAGACAGAAUGUGACUUGUCAACGAGACAUAAAAAGACUUCGUGAAAAGGAACUUCAACUUCAAUCCGAUUUGACUGCAGCGUCAACGGAAAUCUUACGGCUGAGGGGAAUGCUAAAAGAGUGCUCGAGUAGCGUAGCUUUGGAGAACAACAACCAACAAACAUCAACGGUGUGAGAAUAUUGAGAGAAGCGAUAGCCUCUUAAUGAAAAACUACAACGUAGCCUGUAGCUGAUGUACAAUAUGAUAUCCACACUGGUUUUAAGUACUGUCGCUUGUUAGAGCCUCGCUGGUCUAUUCCAACUAGAUAUACUAUGUUAGAGAAAUGUGUAGCUAAGUUUGGAUUCCGGUGUAUUAGUGUCGUCUUCACAUACUGUUUAGAAAAUCUUUCCAACCCACGGUUUACAAAUGGUUCUUCAGCGUACAUAGUUAAAUGUCUGUAAUAAUGUUAGGUGUUUCCCAUAUCAUACCAACGGAAUAUGUUAGACAUGAGGUUUUGGGCAGUACUGCUACUUUGUUACACAAGUACACAGUCAUUUACGAGUAAGUUGUCCAGUUAUGUGAUUGUGUGAUGAUUUUGCUGCUGCGGCGCUUCGUUUGAGCAGGUCCUAACUACGAUGGUACUUGAAUACUUCUUGAAGGUUAACGCAAAAUAUUUAUGAAUUAAUUUAUUAAUAGUUAUAGAAUACCCGAUAGCGGUCAGUGUAUAGAUGAAUAUUUAAAAGUCUAUUGUUAUUAAAAGUUAAUGGAAAACAAACAAAAGAAAAAAAAAAACUAGGAGAAAGAGAAUAAUUAAGUGUAAUUAAAUGGAUCAUACUAUGUACUAAGAAAAUGAUUAUUAUAACACAUGCCAAAUU